UUUAAUGUACAGAACGCAUUUUUUGCUGUUAAAUUGUUGAAAUUAAAUUUUCAAAUCCGCGUGCUUCGUGCGGGUUCUCAGCCCGAGCCCGGAUGCGCGAAAAACAAAAUGGCUGUUUUAUUGGUUAGAGUGGAAUGGAAAAGAUCUGGUUGUGAAAGGUUUGAGAAAAUGAAUCCGCGUAUUGAAAUUAUGGAAAAAUGGCGAAACUGAAUGCUAAUGAUAAAUGACGGUGAUGAGGGGGGCUGUAUUGGGAGGAUUGAAUUGUUUGAUAUAUGAAGAGAUUAUGAGGUUUAGCAGCUGCAUUGUGAUACAUCGUCGAAUUGGUAACAAAAUGGAGUGUGAAUCGUAGCACUGCUACGUAGCAGCAUGAACCAGUUAGAAAUCGUAGCGGGGAGCUACAUUCUAAUUCAGAGCAGGGAGCCUGAAAGAAGAUGCCAAACCGUAGCAGGGAGCUACUAUGUGUGGGAGUUUUAGAAAAUCGUUGCAGGGAGCUACGAUGUAUUUUAUUCAGGUAGUCUGGAGAGAAAAGUAGCAGGGAGCUACUCGGUGCUUCAGUGCAGGGAGCCUGAAAGAAGUUAUUACUGUGGCAGGGAGCUACUGUGUGCUUCAGUGCAGGGAGCCUGAAAGAAGUUAUCACUGUAGCAGGGAGCUGAGUGGUGCGUCAGUGCAGGGAGCCUGAAAGAAGUAAUUACUGUAGCAGGGAGCUACUUAGUGCUUCAGCGUACGGAGCUUGGCAAAGGUAUUGCUAAUUGUGGCAGGGAGCCACUAUGUGUUUAUUUUUUUCAGAGCAGGGAGCCUGAAAUAAUGUCAAAAAAGUAGCAGAAAACUGCUCAGAGCAGGGCGCUGGUAAGAAUAUAGCAAACUGUAUGAAGGAGCUGCUUUGUUCUUUAAUGCAGGGAGCUUGAUAAGGUGAUGCAAAUCGUGGCUGGGAAGUUGCAUAAUGUUUUUUUCACCUAAAAAAAAAACUUGCAUUCAAUUUUCGAUUUGUAGUAGGGAGCUACGCUGUCCUUCAGUUUUACACAAGAUGUUGAAUGUUUGAAAAGCGAUACUUUUUUUUUUGAACUUUCAAAUUCAAGAUAAUUAAAAGAGAAAAAAAACCUUCGCGAGCCGAAGGCGGGAAUCUAUAUAUAUGAAUAGAAAUAAAUAUAAAAAAAAAACUGUAGAUGACCUACACACGUUUCUGUUUAUUCUUUCUUUUCGAAAUUGAUGAUCACCAUUCGUUAGUUAUGAAUGGAAUUAUUUUUCUAUCUGCUAUUUCAGAUGGAUGAAAAUCGUCCAUUACCAAUGUUUCGAUGCGAGCAAAUUGAGAGUAGCAAACUGGCGAAGGAAUGGCGUGAGUGGAAAGAUUCCCUUGAGUUCUAUUUCGACUCGUAUCAGAUUACCGAUCAGAAGAUUAUGCGUUCCAAAAUGCUUCACUUUGGAGGACCGCAAUUGCAAAAGGUUUUCAAAAGCUUGGAAGGUACAGAGGAUUUCCCUCUAAUCAUGCUUGAGAAACGCUGGUACGAUGUGGCUAUUGAGCGGCUAGAUGCGUUCUUUAAGCCACGAAGCCAAGACGUUCUUGAGAGACAUAAACUGAGAAAUAUGAAGCAAGGAAGCCAGGAACGAUUUUCUCAUUACGUGUUACGUCUACGCCAACAGAUAAAGGAUUGUGGGUUCGAGAAGUAUCAGAAAGAAGUCCGGAAUGUUCUUGAGGAGAUCAUGCUUAUCGAUGUGAUUGUUGAAGGGUGCAACUCACAAGAACUACGCCGGAAAAUACUCGAAAAAGACCUAACUCUUGGAGAAAUUGAACAACUUGGAGCAUCAUUUGAGAGUGUGCGACUUCAAGAGAAAGAACUGAAAGGAGAAAGUAAUACUGCCCAGGCUGGACAAACGGAAGUAUGGAAGAUUAAAGCGGACAAAGCAAGAGCUGAACGUCAGCAAGGUCGGAUUGUGAAACGAUUUGCAUCCGCCCCCCAGAAUGCAUUCAAGCGUGAUGACACCUUUUGCUACGCUUGUGGACAACUUGGUCAUAUGUCGAAAGCACCGACGUGUCCAGCAAGAGGUCAACAAUGCCGUAGAUGUCAUAAGACUGGACACUUCGAGAAAGUUUGUAGAAAACGCCAGUCUUUCUCUACGAAUCCUUCGUUUCCCAGAAAGGUACAAGCAAUUGAAGAUGUCGAUGAAAACUCUCCGAUCGUACCAGCUGAUGAGGUCAAAAGGGCAGUACCAACGAAAGCUGAGAAGAAGGUGUAUUACACGUUUCACACGGGAAACACGACUAAUGUGUUUCAAUGCAAGAUUGGUGGAGUUGCAACAGAAGUGUUUAUUGAUUCCGGCUCAGACGUGAACAUCAUCACUACGGACACUUGGGAAAUGAUGAAGGCACACCAGAUCACCGUCUCCAAAUGCGAGAAAGGAAGCGAUAAAAUCCUCAAAUCGUACGGUAAUAAUGCGCCACUUCUGAUUCUGGGAACCUUUGUUGCAACAAUUGAGAUUGGAAAGCGAUUGGUUGAAGGUACAUUUUUCGUGGUUAAGGACGGACAACGAAAUUUGUUAGGCGAUAGUACCUCGAAGAAUCUAGGCAUUCUAAAGAUCGGAAUGGAAGUCAACGAAAUUACGGAAGACUCGGAAAUGACGCCGUUUCCAAAGAUUCAAGGAGUACAAGUUCGGGUACAAAUGGAUCCAGAUGCAACUCCGGUUUUCCAGCCCUUGCGGCGCGUUCCCCUUCCAUUGGAAAAUGCGGUUUCUGAGAAGCUGGACGAAUUGCUUAAACGAGACAUUAUUGAGGUGAAAAGAGGACCAGCAACGUGGGUGUCACCAUUGGUGGUGGCUAAUAAGGCUAAUGGAUCAAUAAGGCUGUGUGUAGAUCUUCGACGAGUCAACCAAGCGGUCAUUCGCGACCGCCAUCCAAUGCCAGUGAUUGAGGACGUUCUCACUCGCGUUGGAAAAGGAAGAAUUUGGAGCGUAUUGGACGUGAAGGACGCAUUUUUUCUGCUGGAACUGGACGAAGCAACAAGAGACAUCACCACUUUCAUCACCCACAGAGGGCUUUAUAGAUUCAAGCGUCUUCCAUUUGGAUUAGUAUCCGCUCCCGAGAUCUUCCAACGGACAAUGGAUGAAAUCCUGGCAGAUUGUGAAGGUACCUACUGGUACCUCGACGAUGUCGGAGUUGAGGGUAGUACAAUCGAAGAACACGAUCAGCGAUUAAAUAAGGUUCUGCAGAAGUUUAAGGAAAAAGGAGUUGUACUCAACUGGGACAAAUGUAAAAUUCGCGUAACUGAGUUUGAGUUCCUGGGGUAUGAAAUUUCACCGCAAGGAAUUAUGCCUUCAGAGAUCAAACGAGCGGCGAUUCAGAAUUUCCGUCAUCCGCAAAAUGAGAGUGAGGUUAGGAGCUUUUUAGGCUUGGCUAACUAUAUGAGUAAAUUCAUUCCAAAACUGGCCGAAAUUGAUGAACCACUUAGGAAGCUCAUUCAGAAAGGAAACAAGUUUCAGUGGGGUGAAGAUGAAAACAAGGCUUUUGAAAACAUAAAAACAGCCAUAACAGAGGUUAGUUCCCUAGGAUUUUUCAACGUUAAUGACGAAACAUCGGUAUUCGCGGAUGCUAGUCCGAUUGCCCUGGGCGCCGUUCUCAUUCAAACUAAUAAUCGUGGAGAAUCUAGGGUUGUUUGUUAUGCAUCAAAGUCACUUACCGACACCGAAAAAAGAUACUGUCAAACAGAAAAGGAGGCGUUAUCGUUGGUGUGGAGCGUAGAAAAGUUCCAAAUCUACCUGAUAGGUAGAGAGUUUAAACUCCUCACCGAUUGUAAGGCACUCACUUUCUUGUUCACUCCUGCAUCUCGUCCCUGUGCGCGCAUCGAGCGGUGGGUAUUGCGCCUACAAAGUUUCCAGUAUACAGUGGUUCACAUCCCUGGGCAAUCCAAUAUUGCAGACGUUUUCUCACGACUUUCAACACUCGCUCCUAAACCGUUCGAUGAAGCGGAGGAAUUAACCGUUAGAGAGAUAACGGCUUCAGCAGCCACCACUGUUGCCUUGAAGUGGCAAGAAAUCGUUGAUGCUAGCAGACAAGAUGAUGAUACAAGACAAGUUCUUGAAGCGAUAAACACUGGUAUACCUGACGAACUACCGCUUUGCUACAAGGUCAUUUAUACAGAACUAUGUGCCAUCGGCAACGUACUUCUGAGAGGUGAUCGCAUAAUUGUGCCCAAACGCCUACGACAACGAGUCUUACUACUAGCACACGAGGGUCAUCCUGGAAUCAGAAUGAUGAAGGGUCAUUUGCGCACCAACGUAUGGUGGCCCAAAAUGGAUUACGAGAUCGAACAAUUCGUGAAAGCCUGUCGGGGAUGUAUUUUGGUAUCUGCACCAAAUCCACCCGAGCCAAUGGUUAGGAAAGAGUUUCCGUCUCGGCCCUGGGAACAGAUUGCCAUUGACUUCCUAGGACCUCUCCCAGAUGGUGAGAAUCUCCUAGUGUGUGUUGACUAUUAUAGCCGAUACUUAGAAGUCGUAGAAAUGCAAGAAAUAACUGCUGCCUCUACCAUCGAGCAACUUUUGACUAUCUUUUCUCGAUAUGGAAUACCUAACUAUCUCCGGGCGGAUAACGGGCCACAAUUCACGUCUGAAGAAUUCCGAUCGUUUUGCGAAGAGCAAGGAAUACAUUUGGAUAGUACUAUCCCCUACUGGCCCCAAAUGAACGGAGAGGUAGAACGGCAAAAUCGUUCUAUCUUGAAGCGUCUCAGAAUAGCACAAGAACUUGGCCAAAACUGGCGAAAAGAACUACGGGUAUACUUGCUAACAUAUCAUUCAGCAGUACAUCCAACAACAGGGAGAGCACCAGCGGAACUUAUGUUAGGACGACGCUUACGUACGAAACUACCCAGCAUUCCCUCUACUCUAGAUUGUGAUGAAGCUGUAAGAGAUAACGAUAAGACGCAGAAAGAAAAGGGAAGGGUGUACGCAGACCAUCGUCGUAAGGCUCGCCCAAGCGACAUUGAAGUAGGCGAUCACGUUUUGGCUAAGCGUACCAAGAAGGAUAACAAGUUGAGCACUGAAUUUGCCCCCGAAGAAUACGAAGUAAUUGAAAAGAGAGGAACCGAUGUUACUAUCCGCUCAUCUUCGUCUGGAAAGAAAUUUAGAAGAAGUGCGGCACAUCUUAAAGCCAUACCACGUACAGCAAGUGGUAGCUUGGCGGAUAAACAUUCUGGUGAAAGCGUAGAGGAAGCAAGAACAGACGAUGGUGCAGGUAAUUCAACAUCAACAGAGCACGCGGUGGAUGAACAAACAACCGAAGAAAGAUCCAAAAGAACUAGAUCAGAACCAGCACGGCUGAAGGAUUUCGUCACAUACUAAAUCCGUUUUGUUGUUUAUUUUUAUUUAAAAGAAAGGUAGGGAUGUAGGGUUCUGCAUUGAACAUUAUUACGCAUCAGGAAAUAUGCGUACCUUGAUCACAUUGACUCAUCUUGUUGUUUUGACAGAUUGGAGACCGGCAAGACGACAACCGGGACGGUGUGGAGAGGCGACACCACGCGCGACAGGAGAGGAGGACUUUUGGAUAGGACAGUGGAGUGAACGGUUGAAUAUUUCGGGUGUGAGAAUUAUAACAAAAUUUGUGAGUGAAAUAAUACGAAAUAAAUAUCAGAAAUUAGAUCCCAACAGUUGGUUUGCGUUAUGGAUCAUGUAAAAUUUUGGCACAUGAAACUGAAAAACAAGUGUAAUGUUCCAAUGUUGCUGGCGCACGCUUAAAAGUAUGUCAAACAAAUCCUAAACGAGUUUGACGAUGAUAGUUUUUGUGUUCACGUGUUCAAAGACGUAAAAAUAAAUCAUAUGUUUGUUUGUGUCAUGAUCGAUUACGUCAAUUUCCUCCAUUACGUCUCCAUCAAAAUUGAGAAUUUUUAAGUGUGCAUUUUUCAAAAGAAUACAACUUACGACCAAUUUAACCACCCAAUGAUAUUGAAGGGAGCAAAUCAAGGAUGUUUCAUGGAAGUUUGAACGUUUUAUCUAAAAACAAAUCCCUAUGGAACCGCAAAACCAAGGACGUUGUACGAUUAUGCUUUGUCCAUAGUUUGUUCAAGGUAUCACACAUUAAUUGGCUAUAUAUCUUAGCUUCCACAGCCACUUCCGGCAUAAUAUCGGGAUCGAUCGAAUUUGCUUCAAAAACUUCCUUCAAAACCAUGUUGUUCUUUUUCUGUAAAUUUCUUCUUGCAGCCCUCUAUAUUGAGAAAAAAUUGCGUUUAUAUAUUUCAACUGGACUAAUAUGAAUUACUGAACAAAUGGUGCACCAUAAGUUAUUAUGUAACGGGUUGAUUUUUUUAGCACGAGUCGUACAUUUAUUCAAUGAGGCUUGCCGAGGUUUAAUCUUGUAAUGUAUAGUAAUUUGCAAAAGUUUCGAAAAAAAACCCGUACCUUUCCUGACAGCCCUGAAAAACAUACGGUUUACAAUUCAUUAUUUCUUCACAAAAAAGACAUUCUACUUGCUGUAAAUGAUUGAAAGACGUAGGAAACAAGUUAAACUUGUAAGUCAACUGAUAAAAUGUUAAGUUUUACUCUGUUAUACAGGCCUCACGCACUCAUUUGCUUAGGGUGUCCAUAAUGCCUAAUCCCUCUACGACAAUGGAUUUUAUCAGUCAACGAGCUUGAAACUUGACUGAAAAUCAUUAAAAUGUAAAUAACAACAUAUAGAACAAAACCUGCACUGAAGUAUAAAACUUAGCAAACCCAUGAAAACGCCUGAAAGUAUGCAAUUUUCUUACUAAAUGCUGAGCUGAUACCUACCUCCGAGAAAUCAAAUCUAAAAUAAUAAACGGUAUUUUCUCAUGAACCAUCUCUGGCACUGUAGAUUGCAGCUUUCUGUUCCGCUCUCUAUCUAUUCCUUAUGUCAGCGAAGAUAUCGACCAGUUCAAAAUUGCCAGAUCGGGUUAUUUUCUGCUAUUUCUUCGAAACUAGGGUGUAGUGUAUAUAUCUAGUGACAGAUAGUUCGCCAAUCCGUGGCCUAUAUUUCCUAAACGUCGACCGUUUCAGUGGCCUUACUAGCAGCCGACUUGAAAUCUACAAAUUUUACUAUCCGUACAUGUCGCAUAGAUGUUUCUACGCCCGAGUGGAAACUAUCUGCUGACAUAAACGUAUAUUUUCGUUCUAAAUACUUCAAUUCGAUUCGUUCAAGAGCCGUAUCCAUAUUAUUCAAUAAGAGAACACAGUGGUGGAACAAAUUCCUGUGCGUGUUUUGUGUUGAACAGUUGUCGAGCCAAAAUGUGAUUUGGGGCGUUUGGAGACGUUGUUGAUGCGUCUCUGAUACCUUGCCGUUGAUUCUCGGUACGACACGUACACAUAUCGUCGAUCAUGCGUUGCAUUUUGCCCUCGUAUUCGUUUCGUUUCUUCAUCUCUACUGUUCUGUUCCCCUUGCCCGAUUCGGCUAUGGCCAGUUCGGGGUGUUGCUUCAGAAACGCUCUCGUUGUUUUAAUGGUGGUCCGCCCGGUAAUUGGUCACCCCAUCGUACCUCCCCUUUCUCCUCACGGAGUGGAGAAAAUUAUGGUUCUGGUUUUGCAACUGCGCACUUGUGCGGCUAUUGCUUUCCUGGAUCGCUUACUCGUUGUUUGUUUGAUCGAUGUUAUCCACAUCCCCUAUCAAGUAAUAGAUAGGGAGCUGUGUAUAAGUGUGUGUAUGGUAACGCAAACUUCGAUCCCAUACUAAUAAUCAGUUCGACGCCUAUUGGAAUUGUGACGUCAGAUCUAUUGAACCACGGUUUUGCAUUGUGGCUCAACUUCCGGCUUACCGAAGCGCGAGGUCAGCCAUCUCCAAUUGACUGUCAAUGACCUUCGGAUAUGGUCGACUUUCUCCGUGCUAUCUUUCUGUAUCGAAGCGCCACCAUAUGGUCACUGUUCGUGUACUCAUCGCCGACCCUCCAGUCUUGGCUAGGGUUUAGAUCCGGGCUCCACUAGGUCACAUCAAUGGUGAACUCUGCACCGUUCCUACUGUGGGCCAAUGUUCUCGACAUCCACGUUCAGUCUAGCCAUAGCUUAAAGUAAAGCUCAGCUACUCGCGUUAGUCGAGCAGCCAACCUCACUCAAUCGCCCAGCCGUUGAAGUCUCCAUCGAUAACCCGAGACUUGAUCCCAUUAGUGCGCUUUAGCGAAUCUAGCAUAGACGAGAACUGCUCUAUCGGCUACCUGGUUUUACAAAUCGGCACGAGCUUGACCUUAUCCGCUACCCAGUUCCCGAUGUCGGGAUCGAUACGAUAUGGGUCCGCUAGUAGUGCGAUGUCUGUACUUUGUUGCAAGUUCUCGACCCGGUAGAGCAAUGCUACCAUAAGCGAAAUGGGAUUCGGACCACAAACACUGAAGGCUAAAGUACCAAAUUAAAACGAAAAUUUCAUUCUCUAAACAUGUAGGGUAUGUGUUCCAUCAUUAAUCUCACCCAUAUUCAUCCUAUUCGAAAACAAGCGAUUACGGCACCGAUUGACUCCGUUCUUUUUGUUUUCAUGGGUGCUCACUUCUAACAAAAAAUACAAAAAUAGGAAACAAAACAAACAGCGCUUCAAUCCUUUGUUUUUGGUAGGAUGAAAAUGGGAGCCCCAUGCUUAAAAUAGGGAACCAAUACCCUAUUAUGGAGUUUUGCUUAUCAUGUCGCCUAGUCGGUGUUCCUAGCUUUCCUAUCCUAGUCAACUUAAUCUAAGCGUUUACGAUAGGUUUAACUCACGGUUACCAUCGGCGCCGCUGUUGGGUCCCCUUUAGAGCCGCUAUCCCUUGCUGAAAAUGAAGUAGUUGCCUGGUGGUUAUCUAUGCAAGCAAGGAGGCCACCCGAGGGUUGGCAUAGGCCUUUAUGGGGACUGAGCUCAAGCUCAGAGUAGAAUCAGCGCUAAUCAUUAGUGUUCAUCUGAACAUACUUCUAUCAAUUUGUUGCCUAAGCAUGGUACAGGUCAGGAACGUACUUUAAGGGCACGCCAUGGUUUUAUAGGAUGGAAGACAGCGCCAACAUUAGCCCAUCCGCCAUUUCAAGUCAGUGUCACCCGACCUUACUAAGAUGAUAGAAUGCCGUCGCUACCACUUAAGGUGGUAAGUACACAGUGAUGUGUGGUGGAUAUCGAUUGCUUAGGAAUGAAUCCCAGGCUUCCAGCUAGACCUACUGUACGCUAGGCACCGAAGUAUAGUUGACACAUUCUACCGUGACGUUACAACGUUUUGACGCAUUCGUAGUCAGAUUUUCCACUGUAACUGAUGAAAACGAUUGUAAAACUCAAAAUAUUUUUUCAUAUUCGGAUUCCUUGUAAAAUUUCUGAUAUGUUUGACCUAUUGAACAUUUAGUUUGCAUUAGAAAAACGUGUUUCAAAUGCGUAUUUGUAGCGUGACGUUACAACGCGCUAGAAUCCGAUCCUCUCAACCGCGCUACCAACAUCUUAGAAGCUCUGCUCGGAUUUUUAUGAUAUUCUAUUUUUUUUUCUACCAUUGAAAUUUAUUGGUUGGUUCUUCAAUUCAAUGAAAUAAAACAUAUAAAUUUUGGAUUUGUUUUUGGAUAAUCGACUUUUACAUUUCGUGACGUUACAACGCCCGUUCAGUUUCAAACAGGGUUCUGCUCGCGUUGUAACGUCACGAAAAUGUGCAUCAUUUUAGAAUCAGAAUAAUCAGCCAAAUUUGGCCGAAUUUGUGAUUAUGUUAUUGCAUUAUCUUCACUGCUUCAAGGGGAACAUUAUGCUGUUGAAAAUCCGUUUUGUGAUAAAUGGCUCGGAGGGCCAAGUUAUUGCUAUCAGUAGUAUGAAUAUUCCUUCAUAAAGGUUAAUGACACCGGCACCCAUCUUCGGUUUAGUACCACCCAUAUUCUUCUAGUUUUUUUCCCGAAGACUAGCGCGCUGAGAUCCAUUACUUCACAGCGCCAGAUAUUUAGAUUUUUCAGCAUAUCACUCAUCACACCGUCGAGAUAAAAAUUUCUUCAAUAAUCUUUGCAAUGUCAUCUAUUCAAGUGAAAAUGCUUUAAUUUGUUUGAGAGAAUUUAUUGAAUCAAAAGCAUUCCAGAGGAUCUGCAUACCACUUAGGACCCUAAGAACAACUUCUGUGAUCUCAGAGACAAAUAGACCUAACAGUCAUAAAAAAAAUCUUAAUUACUUAGAGAGUUAGUGUCUUUGGAAAAGUUGUUUGAUAAAUCAAAGACUUACAGCUAAUUUACCAUAUGACGUGAGAUUUUGCCACUGGCCGAUGCUAAUUCAAAGUUUGUGAUAGUUUGCAAAUGAUUUCUCAAAAAGUUUCCUACAAGUUUUGACUAAUUGAGAAACUAGCAGUCAAAAUUUGUAAAUUUUUGGGCACUUUUUAAAAAGUUCCAACUUUUCUUUUAAAAAUAAAUAUAAUGUGCAUGGUUUUCCAAAAUUUCAACUACCACUAGGCAAGUACAACCUUAAACUAAACGACUUUUAAACUGAAGAUACUUAAAAAGUUAAAUAACUUUCUAAGUAAUCAGGGUCCUGAGAUAUAUGAGUCGGUGAUUCUUGUGAUAUCAAAGACAGACGUAACAGUGACAUAAUUUCCAUUCCAUAGGGGAGACUGGGUAGACUUGAUCCCUUUUUCUUGAUUUGCCUCUAACUUUAAUUAAAACUAGAUCUGAUUUUCGUUCAGAAUGACAGGUGAGCAUCUAUUGCAAGUUUAUACACAACAGAAAGACUUAAAUGUAUUGCUGAAGUUUUCAAAACUGUGAUUUGGGACAUGUCUUAUGAUGCAUUCUACAAAAAUGGGUGACACGUGAUCCCCUUUUAAGCACAUGGUUAAUUUUUAGGGAAAAUAACUUAAGAGGCUUCCUGUUUAUUUUCUUUUCAAGUUUUCUUGUAUUUUCUACGAAUAUCGUGUAUUUCAAAUUGAACGAUUUCCUUAAAUUUUCAAGGAUACGCCGUAUUUUCAAAAUGGGGAGACUUGAUCCCUCUUUUCAUGACGUGUAUUAAAAUAAUAAAUAUCUGACACAUUUUAUCAUUGAAUAUUCUAAAAUUCCAAGUAAAUCGAGGGUUCCAAAUAGAAUUUUAUUUUUCAUACAUAUAAUGCGUGUGUAAUCCUCGAAGGAUCAAGUCUCCCCAUAUCAACAUUGUAUAUACUCAGCUAAAUUACCUAAAACAUGUUUAUAAAAAUCUUGGUUGGAUAAAUAAGUUUGAUAGUACCGUAAUCCGGGGUAACAUUGAUCAGAAUUUUCUAUCUUUCUCUUGUUAAAGCAAACGUUACAUGUUUUAUAUUUUCAAAACAAGUACUGGCCCUCUGAGUAUGUGUUAAGCUACUCGAAAAAGUAUUGUAAAACUUUAAAACAUGUUUAAAUAGGUUUUUUAGUCUAAUUUUUGAUUUUGUUGAUUUGGCCUAAGAGAACAAUGUUCUUUUGUGUUGAAAAUACCCUUACUUACUAAAUUCAGGGUCGCUGAAUUCGAAUAUGUUGUCCAAAUUCUUACAAGUUAUGUACUUUUUGAGUUAUUUUAGGAUUAAAAUCCUCCAAACCGCAAAUAACGCCUAAAGGUAGGCAAUGGCUUAAGGAAUUGAUAGCCUACUUUUAAUAAAUCGUAUAUUUGAUUGAAAAGUAGCAUUUUCAUAAAAGCUUCAGUUAUUGAAUCCAACUCUAGGAUAUCAUAUUGAAGCUAUACAGUGAUUUCGAAACUCAUAUUGAAUCUAGUAUUCACGCCAAGCAUUAAUGUUUGACAAUGUACCUCAUUGCGUUACGAAACACAGUUAUGGAAAAAUUGAUUUAUUUCAAUGUUUAUGAAAUUCAAUGUUCAUGAAUUGCAUGUCAUUUAAUAGCUAAAUGAUAGCAGUUUACGAUAUGCCAUUCGAUAGCAGAAACUGAUUCAAUGUAAAAUGUUUGUUUGAACAUUUCCUAAGGUGGGUCAAGCCGAUCAAUGUUACCCCGCUGAUCAAUGAUACCCCGGAUUACGGUACUUUAUUUCAACUAUGUGUUGUGGAGUUUUGACACGAUUUGGUUCAUUUUUCACAAAGUUAUUGAGACUUUUUGGAAUUUUUUAAAAGAUUUCUGAAGGACUGAAAACAAACUGUCAGUCGUUAAAAAAAUAAUGAAAUGCACAAUUUAAAUCACUUGUAGCAAAAACAUAAUCUUUUGUCCAGACGUAGUUUUGGAAAAAAUAUAUGUUAAAAGAAAACUGUUUUUGAUUCCAAGAAAACAUGGGAGAACAAGCCUCCCCAGGGAUCAAGUCUCCUCAGUCUUCCCUGUAUUUCAAGAUCCUUAUUAUUUAGACAGUUGGUGUCCUCGACAAAGUUGUUUGGCUGGUCAAGAACUUUAUAUUGAUGGGCCGUAUAAUUUCAAAUCCUUCCACUAGGAGGUGGUAGAAGGUACAGUCAGGUUUUUUUACGCGGUUUUCAUUUACGCGGCCGCGUAAAUGAAAACUCCAUACAAAAAAAAAUUCAUCGUCUUAUUUUUGCACGAAACGUCGAGAAAUGGUGAGAAAAAGUCGCGGUUUUUUGGAUUUUAAACUGAGUUUUUUUUUCACGUGGUACGUAUCCCCCGCGUAAAAAAACCUGACUGUAUGCACAUUUUUAGUUUCGUUUAUCUCAGGAUCCUGAAUAAUUAGAAAUAUUGUUGCUUCGGUAGAGUUGUUUGGUAGAUCAAGAACUUUCCGUUUAAUAGCCGUUUGGUUUUGAUUUCUGCCGCACCUUGGCGUUGCAAAUUUACAAAAGCAACCAAUUUUAUUAAUUAUCUUGGAAACAUUCAACAAGCCGUAACUUUCAAAAUUUUCAAACUUUGUCUGAUAGUUCCUCAUCUUGUUAUCUGUAAAUGCUACAAAUUUGGACAUGAUUGGUUAGCUCUACACGAAGAUGGAGUACUUCAAGCAGAAUACAUCUUUUUGGCUGUCGUUUUAUUAACUUUUGUAUCUUGGGACCAAGUGAAACAAAUCAAAUCAAUUUUUGAACAUUUAUGAGUAAUAUGUUGGUCUUUAAUUACCAUUUGAUUCGAAUACAAUAUGUCCAAAGUAAAAAAAGUUUUUAGAAUACUUUUUGAGAAAUUCUAAUCAUUUGCCAGCUUUUGCAAAAUGGAAACUAGCGUCUUCUAUUGGCGAAAUCUCGCAUCAAAUGGUAAAUCCACUGCAAGUUCUUGACUCACCAAAUUUUGCGGAAGAAACCGUCUUACCAAGUAAUCGGGGUCCUGAGAUACAUGGAAUUUGAAAUUUGUAAGUUCUCUAGCGCCGCUUUUUUUGUGAAACUUUAAACCAUACUAUCCAUCAACUGUAAGUCUUUGACCAACCUAACAAGUUAUCAAUACCCUGAGAUGUACGAGACGGUAAUUUUGUCAGUGUUUCGUCUAUUUGGCUCUGAUAUCAUAUAAAUGAUCGGUUUCAGUGGCAUUUUUACAACAUCGCAGUACAAUUACAAUUUAAACCAUUUUUGGAAUUUCAACAGAGCGUAGAUGUUGGCCAAACAUCAAAUCCCCCGGGUCUCAAGAGUCUUCGUAGUUAAUGAAAGGGACUUAGUGGUACGCAAUUUAUGAAUGAUACCUUGAAAAAGGGCUCAUACACAACGAGAAAGAAAUUGGUUUGGAAUAUAGAACUACCUUUGUCUACCUGACUACCUGCAGAAGUCGCCAAAGCCUGAGAAAUUUUGUCUUUUCCGCAGACCUUUUUUUCGUGACGUUUCAACGCAAACUUCAACCAGGUGAAACUCAGGCGUCAGUGAACCGAUUUCCUUUGUUUUAAUCUCAUUUGAAAGAUAUUCUAGAGUACAAAGACCAUACAAAAUUUCAAAUUUGAAACUUGUUCCGAAUUUGAAUAAAUUUUAUAAAGGUUGAUUUUCCGUGACGUUACAACGCUUUAAAAACCUAUACUUUGUCCAACCAUACCUCAUAGUUGUAAAGUAUUACAAUUAAAAUUCUUUGUAUGCUAAACAAUCUACAUACAUUCAUCUGUUAAUCAUGGAAGAUUUUUAAAAAAUCAGUGCGUUGGUGUUUAAAAUACGGCAGCUUUGAUGAAUAGUGUGUCUAAAUGCCUUAAAAUCACGAUUUGAUUGUUAAUCUUAACCGUCGUUCAAUAAAUAUGUAUUGUCACAUUAAUAUCAUGUAGAAUACAUUUUUGGACGACAAGAGUAGUGUAGAAUGUUAUAAAAAUGUGAAAUAUGCCAAAUCUCAACUUUGAAAAUUGAGUAUUGAUGAUACGGGGCCCGUAGAAUGUGUCAGUUGCUUUGUAGCCAACAAGGUAACAAGAUAUAAUCUCCAUCACUACUUUAGUGAAAUUUCAAUGCAUUUUGGAUGCCCAAAAAAGGUACACGGCAGAUUUGUCUUGGUAAGAUGUCAAGAUAUCCAUGGCACAAUAUUUGUAUGACUAUUGUCCUCUAGUUCUAUUUACGCUUAUUUCAAUUCAAUUGCAACGAUGAAAACAAUACCUUGUUUACUCUAAAUGCUUGAUUGCAUAAAUAUUUAUUUAAACGCUUAUGUAUUCGUUGUUACGUCAUACUGUGGGAAACAAGACUAGGGUGCCUGUACCAGUUAUCGCACCACCUAAGAAAAACUAUUUCUACAAAAAUAAGAAGAAGACCGACGAAUGUAAACAAUAAGUCAAAUGAUUGAUUAGUUUUCAUACUUUACAGGAAAAAUAUAAAAACGUAGCCAAAACUACUUUUAGUAUUUAUUACGGCGUGUGCCAAUGAUAGGAACCCUGUACCAGUUAUGGAUACAUUUGUUAAUUUGGGUUCCACUUCGCACUAUUUACAUGCAUUCCUUAUGGGAGUUGCCAUAACUGGUACACUAUGGCGAAAUAGGGUGCAAGGAGGCCGAAAAGUUAAGGAAAAUGAUUUAUUUAUACCAUAAUUUGAGCAAAUUGUGCAGUUUGAAUGAUUGCAAUCAUCUUUUGUGAUCGUGAUCUGUUGUUCACGAUUUUUUUCUUGUUGAUUUGUGUCUUUAAAGGUUGGAAAUCAACUAUGGCGAAUUUGAGGUACUAUAGCCAUAACUGGUACACUGAGCCUACCAUAUGUACAACUUUAAGGUUAAAAUGUGAUCUGUGUACCAACAUCGAGCCAUAAAGGCAAUUGCAUCUUUGUAACAUCUGCCUCGCCGUUGACUUCAGUCAUUACAACUCUGUUGCCAACCACCUCACAGUACAUAAACGAAUAAGCAGAGGAAGAUCUCUGCUUGAACUCUGACAAAGUGACAGGCAAUAAAAUAAACGAAACACAAAAUCGCAUGUGGGCAUUCGGAACACAGAACGGUGUAGGUACUGAACUGACACGAAUGUGAUCCGCGGGCAUCAUCAACAGCCGGUGGCCAGCCAAUGCCCUGCCUGCACUGCACUACACUGCCCUGCCUUUGCCUACCUUCGCUCCUUUGCCUAACCAAAUCAACCCAACCGGAGCAGCAGCUGAUGCACGUUUAACCGAGCGAAUCGCAGAAAAGAAGAGCGCAGUUAAUUUCACGGCCUUCCAAGGCCGUUCAAUGCCGUUUUCUUGACGCAUCGCCGAACCGAUUCUCGGUCGGUCGACAUUGCCCUCAGCAAGAAUUCGCUCGCGAGAUUGGCGUGCUUCCACCUUUGCGUGGUUUGAAUAUUGUUGGCUGUGGGUUGUUGGGUAGGUAUAUAGCCUUUCGUGAAACUGUGGACAAAGGAUAGAAAUUCCAAUUCGACCGAUCGUGAUGAGUUCCUCCGGUGGACUUCCAAGCAAUGGGUUUGAUGAUUUGCAGUUCUAUUAACGCUGGAAUGCGAUCGUUAAUCAACGAUAUCAGCGGCAAUUUAACGGUUCGUUUGAGGUUUUAAACAACAACACCUUUCGAAGAAAUCAAUGUAAUUCAAUUUCACAGAUCCCAUUAGGAGAUGUCUAAUCCAUAAAAGUAAUUUUAAUUAUGCUUCAUUUCAACGUUCAGUAGUACAGUGAGAAAACGGUAAGCAUACUUCCUGGUACUAAGACUAACGAUUUGUGAUAUUAAAUUCAGAAUAGUUUCUUUAUUUGAAAACUAAACGUUUUAUAAUUGUUCGUAAAAAGCAAUAGCUACUAAAGCAAUAUGUUCAUAGCAUUUUCGUUUAGUGUCAAACCAGAUAGAAUUUUCUACACAGAAACAAACAUAAGGAACUGCACAGGAUCGCAGAAUGAAAUAUGACAACUAUUAACUUCCCAUUAGGCAAAUUUAAAUCCAGAUGGAUGCUUGCGGCGCGGCGUACUGCCAGGAUAGAAAUUACAUUCCAUCCAAAUUAACCGGUAGACCUCAUCUUUCAGUUCCAAUGUCAGGUUCAUACCAUUAGCCGGAAUUCGCACGGGUCAGAGUUAUGAAUUCCGAUCUUAUCGCACCACUUUGCCUCGCAUAAUAGUGGCACAGAGGCGUUCCGACAACACUGCGCUCGUGUACCUCGUUCUGAUGUUUACACCUUCAUUCUUUAUACCAUUCGCCACUUUGAAAGUGGCUUCACACAACACCACAGAACAUGCAAUGAGCUCCGAACGGAGGUGACUUGUAAUUAUUAGUUUCCUGAAAUAAAACCAUUAGAACAAAACAUGCAGCGGAUUCAUGCACAGAACUGGAUCGUAUUUUGCCAUUACCCCGCCCUUAUCCAUGUGGGUACUGGUUACCAUUGACUUCGCUUUGGCCCAACCGAAGCGUGUAAUUUAUAGAGUGAUCGCAAAUAGGCCCAGCUUUGGUAGGAUUCGUACACAGCCACCACCCACAACAUUGAGAAGCGUGACUUACGGUUUCGAUCAUUCACAUCUGGCAACGGUCGGUCGGUGGUUCACGCGGUACCUGCAUUAAAAAUCUAUGAAUGAAAGUGGGUUGUAUUAUUGAGAGCAUUCUCUGUGGCACUGCUGAUCACUUGUACGCGUGAGUAGGAAAUAAUACGGCUCACUAAUUUUAACAAGACGGAUAUUAGUUCGUUGAAACACCAUGAAACAACUAAGAUGAACCAAUUUGCUUGAUUUUUGCACGGUUCAAUUCAAGACCAACAAUUGAAAAGGCCGGAUUCACAUUUUGUAAACAAACAUGCUUCUGUCGAU